CUUAGGAGCACCGUAAACAACGUGACGAUCGCAGUGCUGAGGUGAAUCUGUGAAUAACAUCGGUGCUUGCGAUUGUGCUUUGGAACGCAUAUUUUGUGAAGGAUUUAUUUUCGAGUGGAGCAACCCUUUAAAAAUUUAAGAUGGGUUGCAAACUGACAUUCGUUGACGACAUCCUGAACCGGUCGUUCUACAAGCUCGGCCUGCUAGUCGGCCGCAAUCCUGGCUACUUCAUCGUCAUCCCAGUGCUCCUGACCCUGCUCAUGGUCACUGGCUACCAGCGGAUCAACUACGAGAUGGACCCAGAGUACCUGUUCUCGCCAGUCAGCGGGCAAGGCAAAUAUGAGAGGCGGAUAGUUGAGGAACACUUCAAAGUAAACUAUUCGCACAGGUUUAAUGUGGGACGGAUUACGAGAGCAGGCAGAUUUGGCCGAACCAUAAUUGUCCCGAAAGACAACAAUACGAACAUGCUCCGAGCCGAAGUGUGGAGAGAACUGCGCCAGCUGGACGAGCUCGUGCAGAACAUCACCGUGACCCUGCCCAACGGGGAAACCUUCACGUACAAGGAGGAGUGCGCCAAGUGGGAGGGCCAGUGCUUUACCAACGAUAUUCUGAACCUGGACAAAAUUAUCGAGGAGGUGGAACGCGGCGAUCUAAACUUGACGUUCCCUAUAAUGUUCAACCCAGUGACGUGGGAGGCUCACGCGUUCCCCGUCUACUUCGGAGGGUCGACCGUCGUCGACGACAUCAUCGUGUCCGUGCCGGCUGUUCAGCUCGUCUGGUUCGUGAAGGCCGACACCCCGUUGCAAAUACAAAGAGGUGCUGCAUGGGAGGAUGCAUUUUUGGAUGCAGUAGGUGUAGCAGAAGACACGGGACGCUUCAAACACAUCUCCAUUGCUAGAUUCGCAUCAAGAACUCUGGACCAUGAGCUCGAAAAGAACACCAGGACUGUCGUUCCAUUCUUCAGUUCCACGUUCAUCCUAAUGGGAAUAUUCUCGAUUGUGACUUGUAUGAUGGCUGAUUGGGUCCGGUCUAAGCCCUGGCUGGGCUUGCUUGGAAAUAUCUCUGCUGUAAUGGCCACUGCUGCGGCAUUUGGCUGUGCUAUUUAUCUGGGGAUAUCGUUUAUUGGCAUCAAUUUGGCUGCUCCAUUUUUGAUGAUUGGUAUCGGUAUAGACGACACUUUUGUCAUGUUAGCGGCGUGGCGCAGGACCUCCCCAAAACUACCGGUGCCUGAACGUAUGGCCAUCAUGUUGUCUGAGGCAGCGGUCUCCAUCACGAUAACUUCCGUCACUGACAUGUUAUCUUUUUUCAUCGGCAUAUUCUCUCCAUUCCCGUCGGUCCAAAUCUUCUGCAUGUAUUCAGGUCUAGCAGUCUGCUUUACAUUUGUAUGGCAUUUGACAUUCUUCUCUGGAUGUGUAGCCGUAUCAGGAUACCGUGAAAAACAGAACAGACAUACGAUCACAUUUUUGAAGGUGCUGCCGGAAUCCAGGGCAAGAAAAGAAGAAAAAUCGUGGCUGUACCGAGCAUUUUGCAGCGGCGGUAUCGACAUAGCCGACCCUGACAUCCCCAUCGACAACAGAGAACACUGCAUCAUGGCCUUCUUCCGCGACACAAUGGCAAAUAUCCUCAACAACAACGCAGUAAAGGCUUUCGUCAUCGUCAUUUUCCUGGCUUAUCUUGCUGGAGCCGGUUACGGAGUCACAAAUUUGAAGGAGGGUCUUGAAAGAAGAAAACUGUCCAAAGUAGAUUCGUAUUCGGUCGAAUUUUUUGACCGUGAAGAUUUAUACUACAGGGAGUUUCCUUACAGAAUUCAGGUUGUGAUCUGUGGCGAAUACAACUACUCAGAUCCGAAAAUCCAAGACGAAGUAGAACAAUUAACGCAAAGUUUAGAAAACACUUCCUACAUAUCGAACUCACUGUACACGGAAUCGUGGCUACGAACAUUUGUCAACUACGUGUCGAGAAAUAAUGACUACUUGAACGUGACAAUCGAUAAUGAAGCGGAUUUCAUACAAAAUUUACGCGAGUUAUGGCUAUUCCCCGCUAACCCGUUUUCCCUGGACGUAAAAUUCAACGAAGCCGGAGACCGAAUAGUAGCAUCGAGGUUUUUGAUCCAAGCUAUCAAUAUCAGUGGCACCAACCACGAGAAGGAGAUGGUCAAAGUGCUAAGAGAUGUUGUGGCUCAAUCUCCGCUCAAUGCAUCUGUUUUCCAUCCGUACUUUGUCUUCUUCGAUCAGUUCGAGCUGGUGAAGCCAACAUCCAUUCAGAACUUGUGCUACGGAGCCCUUAUGAUGAUGAUCACCUCCUUCAUAUUUAUACCGAACAUUUUGUGUUCGCUCUGGGUCGCCUUCAGUAUAAUAUCAAUAGAAAUCGGAGUGGUGGGAUACAUGGCUCUAUGGGAUAUCAAUCUUGAUUCAAUCUCCAUGAUAAACUUGAUCAUGUGCAUCGGCUUCUCCGUUGACUUCACAGCACACAUCUGUUACGCUUACAUGGCAUCAAAAGCAAAAUCUCCAAAUGAUAGAGUUAGCGAAUGCUUAUACUCUCUGGGCUUGCCCAUAGUUCAGGGAUCCUUCAGUACAAUUUUAGGGGUAGUCGCACUCCUUCUAGCGGACAGCUACAUCUUCUCAGUGUUCUUCAAGAUGGUAUUCAUGGUUAUUUUCUUCGGAGCAAUGCACGGGCUUUUCUUGCUACCAGUACUCCUGUCUCUAUUCGGACCCGGCUCAUGUUCCAAAAAACAUGAAGAUAUCAAAAUGUCAAAAGUUGAUAAGAGUUUUCCACACCCAUACUGCAUACCACACCCGCAACUUGUUUUAAACGACCAAAUAUUUAACGGAAAGAAUGUAGGCCCAAAUGGAGUAUACAAAAUUUACGGAGAUGACAAGGAUUUGGGCAUUGGUACUUCUGGAGAGGACACGAGCGAGAGCAGCUCGAACCAAUCACAGCGCCGUCAAAUAGGCGACAAUGACAGGAAAUAUGACCUCGGAUGGAAAAGGUCGAGUUACGGGCAGAAUUCUAGCCAAUUCCAGCCAUCAGGGGAGUUAGAUCCGUAUGUACUCGAGGCAGACCGGGCUUGGGUGAGACAACCUUACGAUGACAGACGCGGGGCUGACAAUUAUAGAAGAAGCCGUGCGGCUUCUAGAGAUGAUGAUUGGGUGAGGCCUACGCGCAAGACGAGCGACGCAGGCCCUCGGCGCGAGGGAACCUACAGAGUGAUGCGCGCCCAUUCCCACCACAACCUGCAUCGACCGCGCGCUCCGAGGCGGUCCAACUCGCAUCACAACCUAGAGCAUUUAGACUAUGUAGCCGAAAUGCGUUUUCCUUGACAGAACCUUCCCACAAUUUAGAUAACAUAAAUCAAGUGCUCAAUUUAUGGACCAAAGUUCCACGAUAAAGUUGAUGGUCAAAACUGGAUCGAACAGUGAGCUCGACUCACAAGUUACGUUUCCGUAGAGAUUUUGAUUAUUAGAUCAACAAAAAACUGUAUUUUAUAAGGCUACAUAAAAUAAUGUUUUUUUGUGGAUUGCAGAAAGUAGAGCUAUUUUAUGUAUAAGUAUUUAGCAAAAAAAUUAGGCCAAAAAUGUGUGUACGUUGCCUAUAAAAUGUGUAUGCGUGUAGAAAUUGAAUUCGCUUUAAAAUAGUAUUAUUCAUCAUGAACAUUCAGAAACUUACAUAUGUAUAGGUAUUAUAAUCAUAGGUACAGUCAGCUACAAAGAUAUCUACGAGUAGCUAAACGUCGGACACACGCAAAAAAACAAUCAAACCGAUUUUUCAAUUUAAAAAAAUAUUAAGAACGUAACUCAGUAUUGUGCCGAUCCGUACAAAACGUAACGGAAAGUUUUUUUUAAAACCCCCAUUAUUGAGUUAAACUUUAUCGUAGAUAUUUUUGAGCGUAGAAAAUACAUAAGAGAUUAGUUAUCAAACAGAUUAGUGUGUAGAUAUCCAGUGCUACAUUUAUUGGGCUACUGGAUUCCGGCAUUGUUAUAUAUCCAAAAAGGUGCAAAGACCUUUAGUUAAUAUCUAAUAAAGUUGUAAUUAGGGAGUGUUAUGUUAGUGUGAUAAUACUGGGUGGGUGAAAACUGUGUAUAUAUUUGUGUAUUUAAAUUAGUGUAAGUCCCCUUCUUUUGUGAAAGCUUUAAGAUUCUUGACAGAUGCUGUAAAUAUUAGUUGAGCUACUUAUGGUAGGUAUCUUGUGGCCAUUUCCGUUUCCUUUGGGCUUCUUAGGUAAGCUGGGCCUGGUAUAUCUUCGAUUCGGUUUUAUAAAAGCUAAUUGAAUAGUUAACAUUUCGGCCUCAACUUAUCUUUGCUGCUACAAACUUUCAAUACACCUAAUAAUUUAGCGUCAUGUGCCGUACGUUCUGUGUAUUUAUUUAAUAGUAUUGAAAUAAAUCGUAAAAUUGUCCUAUAAUGAGAAUGUGGCUAUCGAAAUUAAAUCAGUGAGUGAUAAUAUAGGUAAUUGUUGUUUUUGAGUUUUAAAUUAAGAUUUGAUUUUAAUGGUGUUCUUCUCAUAUAAAUAUUAGUGUAUUGUACACAUUUUUAAUUCUACGAUUUAUUGCGUUAAAUCUCAUGACAUGAUAUAUUAGUUAUGAUGUAUAUAGUGGUCAUAAUAAGUAAUAACGUUUUUGGUUCCUGACCUUGUGUAAACAACACCAAUACUUAACAAAAUUAUGACAUUUUAAAACUAAGAAUUCUCAUAAAAACAUGGAGAAAGAUUCGCACUUCAAUACUAUUUACCUACGAUAACUUGUUUCAUUAGUAGGUAUAGUGUUAGUACCGCCUCGCCGACCCCUACUCGUAGUCUUGUCAUAAACCUAUUGUGAUCGCGCGCGGUCAACAUGACUGAAUAUAUUGUAAAUAUUAUUGACAUGUUUUAUAUUGAAUAAAACUAGUUUUGAUAAUC